AUCUACAGACCGACACUCCAUAAACAACCUUUGGGUGAGCAGAGGAGGGACUUUUGUGAUUCUCUAGUGACCACAGUGGUGGGUAGGGCUAGCGCAAUCUUCUCGUGCAAGGUCAUGGGAUCUCUUGGAGAACUCGAACACAUUUACCUUCUACCAAUCCUCGAGCUGUACACAUUGUGCCCGUCGACACGACACGGAGGGGGUAAAAUUUCGCGGCAUUCGGGGUCGUCGACAUGAGAAUGAUCGUUCCAACAAAAUAUAUUCUAUGCUCUCAGGGCUUCUGUACGUCGACUUCACGACCAAGAAAACAGCCAUCAUUCUGUAGACGGAAGAAUCGGCUGUACGUACAUAUCACAAGCUGCUGCUGCUGCUACUGCCCGCAUUCUAACUAACUAUAUUUGAAGCACAAGGAUUCACUGAUUCAGUUCUGAUCCCAUCAGAGUACGACCAUCAGAGAGCAGAGCAGAGCGACUGUGCGACCCAUUUCCUAUUCUUAUUCGUCUGUGUGUCAGAGCAUUGGCUGCACCUUCUCGCAUUCGGUGUGACACCAAUCCACCAGCCAAAUCAAACACCGAAAAAUGCGAACAGCUCGGCGAGAAUGACGGACGACACUGCCUCACAGAUCAGGACAGAGCCACAGUGCAUAGUUCUCGCGACCUCAGCAUACGAUCGAUCGAUCGAUCAGAUUCAUCAGAAGAGUGCAGGGAUCGAAUUCGAACGACCAGCGAUCGGCGAUCGGCGAUCGAUCGGCAACACGAAGUGUGCCAUCGGGGAGGGGAACGAUUGCAAUUGCUUCGGCCGGACCACGUGUCGAGAUCGGGCCCGGGGCGACCGGUGGCACGGACCGGGGCCGGCAAAUCGGUGGAGGCCGUCGCUGUGCAGAUUGCUGCAAGGCGGCCGUACGUCCGGGAGCUGCACCGCCUAUCGCAGGUCGCCGAGAGAGAGGGCCCCCAGCGCCCAGCGGCCGCAGAUGAUCAGAGAGACUGCUUCUGCUGCGACAUCCAUUAUAUUUUAUCCUGUUCGAUAUCCGCCAUCAAUCGCUUUGACCCCUUGACUUUCCUCCUCCUCCUCCUCCUCCUGCUCCAGGCCCCUGCGACAGCCGUCCCAUGCAUCAUUCAACAGGUGUAACGAGAACAGUAUCUUAUCCUGGCCCAACAUUGAUUCGCUCGGAGCCCCCCAUUCUGAAGAUUGCCGAGCAGACGGCCAACAUGCACCAGCCGAUCCGAGCUCCGUCUCGCAGGGAGUCCGAGUCACCAGAAUUUCGUAGCCUCGGCAUCCCUCUCCUGCUCUGCGCAAAGGGGUUCGGAUUGCUUCGUUUAAUAAUGUUUAUUUCGGAGAGGAUCGGCGAUGGUUUCACGAUCUGCGAGAGAGAGUCCUGCAAGAGGGUUUCGUCGCAGAUGUCGCUCAUGGAGCCGCUAGCUAUGGCAACAUGGCGUCGUCGUCGUCGUCGUCCAGUAGCGAGUAAUGAACUGGAAUGCACGUCCCGAGAUGCGACCCCAGGCUUUCUUUCAGAACCCGCCAAGAGCAUUGAAGGGGUCGAGAGCUUGGCGUCGAUCGGAUGUCUCCAUCCAACUAACUCUAGGCUCGGGCUGGGGCAUUAACUCGGCCACAGAGAACAUUUGAUUCAUUCAUGGACGGGGGUCUGGUGCCCACGCAUUUCCUUGUCUCGUCUGCAUGCGGGCCACAAAGCCAGGGCGCCAUUAAUCGUGUCUUACCCAGAAAUUUAUGUGCACUGUGAGUCAGAUUGUGUCGUGCAUGGAGGCCAAGUCGAAUGUUGAUUUGGCACCCACUUCCCUGGUCUGUACACAACACCGCGCGGCCGGGAAGACAAACCAUGGGCCGAUCGGGCAAAGUAGUUUGCGGUCGACAUCGACAC